UCUCUCUCUCUCUCUCUCUGUGCGUACAGAUCAGAGGUUGCAUAUAUAUAUAUAGAUAGAUGAGGAGGAUGAUAGACUUAGGGAGAGGGCAAAGGGGUCCAUUCCACAAUAUCAUCGACACUCCUACUUCACUCGAUUGCGGCGUCAGCGUCGGCGUAAGCCGUGACGUCAGAUUCCGCCGAACCUUCCGCACUCUCGUCGACUGCAUGUUCCCUGCUUGCUGCGCCUUCUCUCAUGAAUAUUUAUAUGAUGACACCUUCUCCACCGCCCACAGCACCGUCGUCACCGGAACCAUCUUCGGCCACCGCAACGGCAGGGUCACCUUCUGCAUCCAAGACGGCACCAGGGUAUCCCCACCUCUCCUCCUCCUCGAAUUCUCCGUCCCAACCUCCUAUCUCGCUAGACAGAUGCACCACGGCCUCCUCAGAAUAGCCCUCGACUACUGCCCCGACCCCCGCCGCCGCAGCUCCGCCGCCCCCCUCUACGACGUCCCCGUGUGGUGCAUGUACUGCAACGGCAGGAAGGUUGGCUUCGCCGUCAGGCGCCAGAUGAACCCCGCCCACGCGGCGGUGCUGAAGCUCAUGCAGUCGAUUUCUGCGGGGGCUGGUGUAUUGCCCAGGGCGGAGGACGGCGGCGGCGAACUCAUGUACUUGAGAGCAAGCUUCGAAAGGGUAAUUGGAUCGGCAGAUUCAGAGUCGUUUCAUAUGAUUAAUCCUGCGGGAAGCUCCGCCCAAGAGCUCAGUGUUUUUCUGUUGAGAUCUUAAUUAUUAAUAAUCAUUAAUAUUUAAGCUAAGUGGUCCAACUAUUUUAUUUUAAUUAAUUGAUUUGCAUAUAUAUAUAUAUAAACUUGAUUAA